AUGAAAGGAUUGGCAAAAUGCUAUGUUUUCAUAGCACUCAUAGUUGGAAGGUAUACCGUGGCUGGUGACAGAUGCGGAAAUCCAGACUGUAGUCCAAUAACGGACAUCAGUAACGGAGUGGCAUUCCAGGAAUGUCCAGAAGUGAGUCUUGGGACGAACUGUGAUGUUAAAGUGCAAUAUGCCAUGACGACGUUGAAAUAUCCGUGGACCGACAAUAUUUGUCAAACUCUUGGUUCGAGGUGGAAAUAUGCCAUUGACAGUCAAGAUAAUGAGAGACACUACCACAUGCUUCAGGUGGCAACGAGUCAUUCUUGGAUCGGCCUUCAAAAGACUAACACCUGGGAGGAGAGUGUUUGGUUAGAUGGUACCCCUUACAGCACUACGUGGAACAGAUGGGAUGGCAGUGACGACAGUAGUACCUGUCUUGAACUGGCUGAAGACGAAUGGCACUCGCAUGGAUGUGGCGAUAGCAAGAAUGUGCUUUGUCAGAAAAUAUUUGGGUGUGACGACACCUUCCCUGCAGAUACUAAUGCGGACAUUGAAAACCCUGGGACUGUAGAAACCUAUUAUAACAAUGUGAAAUACACUUGUCACGAAGGGUUCUUCAUAGGCGGUGAGGUUAACACAACAGCCGAGACAAUACAAUGUAGGAAUAAUGUAUGGGACGAUCAUACUCCUUGUGAAUACCCUCCAUGUAGCGAUCCACCAAACGAUAUCUCAGCAACUAUAUCACUAAGCUCUCCCGCGAAAACAAUUGGUACCAUAGCAACCUACGUGUGUCACAAUGGAUAUUCAAUUGGAGGUGGGGUCAGUAGUACUUUUAAUGAAACGAUGACGUGUCUAGAAGGAGGUGCAUGGAGCAACACACAUACACCCUGUGGUAAAAGGUCAUGUGGAACGCCAGAAUCAUACAAUGGCGCAAGUGUAACGCCCGCAGGGACAUUGUACACCGAUAAAGCUAAUUAUCUGUGUGAUACUGGUUUUAAGACACAAAAUAAUCAAAUGUCUUACACAGUAGAAUGUUUGGCGAAUGCGAUUUGGAAUUACACCGAAAGAUGCAGACUCGUUGAUUGUGGGUCUGCUCUGCUUCAUUUCGCUGCACAUAUCACUUUUCAAAAUGGAACACUUUAUGAAAAUACUAUUGAAUAUACAUGUAACCCUGGUUAUGAGAUGGAUCCUACCACAGGAGAAACUCAAGAUGAAAUAAAGUGUCAAGCCUCUGGAAUUUGGAGCAACCUGACCAGCUCUUGUCAAAAGAAAAACUGUGGUGAACCGAUAGCUGAUGAAAAUGCUCUCUCAAUAGUUAAAGAUGGUACACAUUUUCAAGACAAUGCAAACUAUACGUGUUCUCCUGGCUAUAGAACGGGGGGAACUAUCAGUGAAAUUGUAUAUUGUGAUGAAGGCGGUUCAUGGACACAUCAUACCCCGUGUUUACCUGUUGUGUGUCCCGCUCCACCUACUGAUCAAAAUGCAGAGGUGGAUGUAAACGGGCUCAACUACAAUGAAACGACUGUGUACACUUGCCACGUGGGUCACUAUCUAGAUGGACUCAUAGAUUUCCCCUCUGAGUUAAUAAGGUGUUCUGAAGAUGCUCAAUGGACCCCAAAUCAUGCUCCAUGUAUGCCAGUCUCUUGUGGAAACCCUGAUGAUGAUCCCAAUGCAGUAGAAGUAGUAAAUGGUACACUAUAUAAUGAUACCAUGUCUUACGAAUGUAAUAAUGGAUAUGUCUUGUCGGAUUCUACUGAUAUGGUCAACAGAAUUAUAACUUGCCUCAGUAAUGGCAUCUGGGAGAGUCAUGCUUUAUGUACUCCGAUUGAUUGUGGGAACCCGCCAGUCGACAUUAAUGCAUUCGUAAGCAUAUCUGGUACAGUAUAUGAAGACACGGUACGAUAUGAUUGUAGUACUGGUUACAGACUUGGGUCAUCGACUCCCAGUUCAGCAACGUAUGAUGUUAUCCAUUGUCUCUCAAAUGGGCAUUGGAGUGACCAUUCCCCUUGUAGUCGAGUACCGUGUGGCUCCCUUCCAAUUGAUCAGGAUGCAACAGUGAUUGCUGGCAAUAUGUCACAUUUAGACGGGAGUAAUAUUUCAAAUCUGUUUAAUGAUAGGGUAAUAUUCAUAUGUAAUUCAGGAUAUGUUAUAAAUGGUACAACAUUGACUAAUGAGACAGUAUAUUGCACUGACACUGGUAACUGGAGUGAACAUACCAGUUGUGUUAGACGCUUGUGUGGCCCGCCACAAAUUGACAAUAAUGCAUUAAUGCUGACAACCGACCAUUCGUAUUCAUACGAAUCGACGGCUUUUUACACUUGCCACAUAGGAUAUUGGAUGAACGGAACUACAAGUGAUACUAUCACCUGUCAAGCCGAUGGGACAUGGGAAGAUCGGUCUCGAUGCAUCAUAAUAUCUUGUUCUGAUCCACCCAUUGAUAAGAACGCCAAUACAACCAAAAGAAUAACACAUUUGCACAAUGACCCAAUGAACUCUUAUGCAAACCUAACCCAAGGUGAAACAUUUCUGUAUAAUGACACUGUAUUAUACUCCUGUCGAGACGGGUAUACAAUUAGUGGUCGGAAUUCCACAUCAGAAACAAUACACUGUGGACACGGAGGCAAAUGGAGUGCGCAUAGUCGGUGUGUUAAACCUACACCAAGUUGCUACUGUGGGCCUCUCUCUAAAGAUCUAAAUGCUGAACAAGUUGAUCCAAGAACCAAUUAUGCAUGCAUGGAUGAAGUGUUGUUCAGGUGUAAAGAUGGUUUUCACAUAUAUGAAAACGAGACGAGUAGAACAUAUGAGUCUGUCCUAUGUUUACCGAACGCUACCUGGUCACAGAGAACGUAUUGUAAAAGUAUAUCAGGUGAUUCAUGGGUUCGAGCCAAGAAGAUAACGUUCCCUUCCGAAGAGGCGGCUGGAGCAGUUGUCAUUGGCUCAGUGGGAUUGAUAAUCUUAUUAACUGUGCUUACCAUUGUCGUAUUAUCAGACCUCCAAAGAAUAUGUUCACAUGUGAAAAAUAUCAUGAUAAAAAAUGUGCGAGCUUGGACACGUAAACCAAGCGCCCAUUUUAAAUAUAAGCGUACAACUGAGACUUGAAAAUUUCGAAAAUUAAAGUGUUUCCGAUUUGUUUAAAAUUGAUACAUGGUAAUGUACAAUAUCUUGGGAGGUAGAACUAAAAUUCGUUAAACAAUGAUUGAAGUAUGGCAUCCCUUUAUUUGAAAAAGUCAAUAUGUUAUGUACGUUUCUAGAUUGUAUUUAGACUUAGGGUACUAUUUCGUGAUUAAGGAUAUAGCAAAUCGGAUAAUAUACCAACUUUUUUUUUAUUUUUAUAUGGUUUUUUAAUGACUCUACAUAUGAAUCAUUUUCUCAAUGCCUUUUAUAUUUUUAAACCAAACGUUUGUUUUCAUGUAACAUAAAAUGAAACUUUUCCUUUUUUUGAACUUUAAAAAUCACUGGUACUCACCUAGUUACGCCGACGAUACGUCAGCGUAACAAGAUGGAAGAACUUCCGGCGUUCGUUUUCGGUAAGAUAUUUUUAUUUCUCGAUUCUACACCACUUAUAAGUCAAGUUGUGGACAAUAAUUAAAUUUGGCUCAAAGUUAAGGAAGAUAGUCUAGUUGGAGAAUAUGCAGGCGGUUCUAUGUUUGGUAUAUGAACGAAGACCCAAUUUACAUUUUUAGUCCCUCGCUUUUGUUACGUUGACGAUAUUCAUUUAUUACCACUGUCUGAGCUUUCAGUUGCAGAGGUUUGCUCCUUGUGUUUAUUCAUUCAUGAAUAUUGCCA